GCCAACAGGUCGGGUUAUAAGCUAGUAUCAAAUAUGGAUGUUGACUUCUUGCUCCAUCUCUAGCUAGCUCUGUUGGUUUGGUUUCGUCGCGCGCGAUAGGGGUGGGCAACCGGUUCGGUAAAUCCGAACCGAUUAAACCGAAAUAAUGCUAUUCGCUUCGAAAUUCGGAAGGGAAAUAUGGAUAUUUCGGAAAUCAGGGUUCUUCCAACCAAACCGAAUUUUCGACCGAAAAACCGAAAUACUAUAAUUGCAAGCUCCAAAUGGUGGAUUUUUAUGUUUGUAGUUGUUUUUAGACUUAAAUAUUUGACAUGUUUUAUGACUUAUGUAUGUUUGAUUUUAUCAUUGAUGUUUGAUGAUGCAUAUAAUUGCAUACUUAUUGUUUAUAUUAGGGGUGCAAAAUAAUUUAAAAGGGACAAAAUAAGAGUAGCCUCACAAAUUCGGUUAUGUGUGAAAAACGGAACCGAACCGAAUUAUAAUUCGGCUUAAACCGAUCGAAUCGAAUAUAAUUCGGUUCGAAUUCAGUUUGAGGUUUGGGAGAAUUCAAGGACCCGGAAUUCAUAAUUUUGAUUAUGUUGAAACCGAACCGGCCGAAUGUUCUCCCUAGCGCGCUAUAUCCAUGAAAAAAUACGAACUCCGUUCACGUUGUUGUGACUUAUUUUCACUGUGAAUUGCUUACGGUGAUGUGAAAUCCUUAUCAAUAUACAAAGUCAGUUUUUAGACUCCAACUUCUUUUAUAGUGAAAGCUGGAAAGUAUACGAGUUAUAUAGAUAAGGUACCAUUCAUUUUGUUGAUUGAUAAUGAGGAACACAAUGCUCUCCCUUCACCUCCUUCUUCAUGAUUCUUCAAUGCCAGUAAAAUGUGCUUACUAACCCUCCUUCCCUAGCCAGUUUCAUUUCUGACCCAAACUUAACCCUGUCAAUUUUCAUUUCUAAAUUACACUUUCAGAAACGCUCGAAACAAUAUUAUUCUACUUAAAUGAACGAGAUGCACAAAUUCUUCCUUCACAAUGCCACUUCACUCUGCUUCACUUAUCCUAUGCAACUUCACUUUUCCCUUUCCCCUGCCCUUCUUUGUUGACCUGCCUGAACCAUUUCUUCAUACUCUAAUUGUCACAGGGUUGAUAGUUAUGUCAGUUAGGUUAUUUGCUACGUUAUUCCUAGUAGCGUGCAAGUAGAGUUUCAGUUGGUGUAGCACAUUUAAAUAUAGAUUAUACAACCUUCGGCUCGGUAAAACGGUAGAGUUUCUUCCAAGCACAUUUUAUCAUAAAGUGAAGGGUUAUAGGUAUAAUAUGCCCCUCUACUAUGACGUUUUAUCAAACAUGCCCCUCUACUAUUUUUUACAUCAAACAUGCCCCUGUACUUUGUAAAAAUGAUCAAACAUGCCCUUUUGUUAAAAUUUUCAUCUAAAAACCGUUAACCAAGGCCGAAUUAUAGUUUGGGCGACACAAAUGACUAAAAUAUCCCUAAUAAAUUCACUUUAGAAUUUUUUUGAUUCUUUUGUAUAAUCAAAUCAUUCAAAUAAUUUCACUUCGAGAAGACCCAGGGAAAUAAAACAGGGGACAAAACUGACAUUUUCCCUCCCAUUUGUCGAUGUCAGGUCGUCUAAAUCUCAAUUCAACCAUGAUUGACGAUUUUUUCAAUCGAAAUUUUAACAGAAGGGCAAAUUUGAUAAUUUUUUCAAAGUACAGGGGCAUAUUUGAUGUAAAAAAUAGUAGAGGGGCAUGUUUGAUAAAACGUUAUAGUAGAGGAGCAUAUUAUACUUAUAACCCUAAUGUGAAACACAUUCAAUGUAGGUUUAUUAGUUCAUUGGACACUUCUUAUCGAGGACUUUUGGCACGAUCCGACCCUCACUCCUAUUUCUAUGUGUGUUGGCUUUGACAAGGGAAAAAAUUAAACUCUCGACGGAACCAAAUCUACAUCUACCAACUUUCGUACACUUUUUUCGUGUGAUAUUAUUAUCUCAAUACCUAAGCCGCAGGUGUGAACUCAUCCUACCACAUAUGCAUUACUCAGUCCUCAAAAGAAUCUCUUAAUUCUUCAACCAAUUCUUUGUAGUGAUGGCAAUUUGAACAUAUCUGCGAUGGGGCGGGUAUUACGCGACUCACAGCAACCUGGGGCGGAGCAUGGGUAUCUACUUCCGUCUCGCCCUGUCCCGCUCCGUUCUAGACCCAUUUUUUUCUCAAUUUUUAAAAGUAUCUAUACAUAUUUCUCCUAUUUUAACUUUUAUUCAACUAGUUAGAGUCGAUAUUUCAACUUGUUAGACUCAAUUACCCAUUUUAUUAUCAACAUUUUUCUUUCAUAAAAUGUUUUUCCCUUUAGUUUAUGGUAAAAAGUAAAAUUUAUGUGUAUAUUUUCCAAAUAACAUGUAAAAGUGGGUUGACCCAACCCGCGUGGGUUUUACUCGCCCCAACCCGUAGUAACGUGGGACGGGGCAUGGGAAUUUAGGUACCCGUCCCGCUCCAUUGCCAUCACUAAUUCUUUGGAAUUAAAAUAAAAUCCUUCUACUAAAAAAAGUUUUUCUCCGAAUAAAAAAAAUCUCUCCUUUUCAAUUAAUUAAAUGAAAUAUUAUAUAUUAUUAAUUGUCUGCAAUAGUUAUUUUCUUCUUCUACCGGAAUAAUUGAGUUUCAAGGUAAGAAUGUGGGUCGUGAGUCGUGACAGUAUUGCUGCUAUAGCUAUUAGCUCUUCCCUCUCCCCCAACGGCAGAAAACAGAAUUAUACUCAGUCACAGAGAAGAGAGAUCCGUUUUCUCUCUCUGUAUUUUUCUUUGCCUCUUUCCAUGGCUACACGGCUUGUCCCUUCCACAACCGCACUUCCUUCUUCUCCUUCUAAUUGAAAUAAACCCAGGAAAAACCCUGCUCAGAAAGUUAAAUCCAUUCUUAUAGAGACUAAUUCCACCCCAGUAUUUUAAUGGUGCGCUUUUGUUUUAUUACAUAAAAGCCCACCACCACAUUUCCCCAAAAUUUGCAGCUUUUCUUUCCCCCAGAUUUGUUGUCAUCUGGCUGGCAUAAGUGCAUUACAACAGCAGCAGGACAUCCCUCCUUCCCUCGCUGCAUUCUACUGAGAAGCAAGCAGUACGCAGCCAGGAAGGGAAAAAGGGGGGAAAACAACAAAAUCCCUCUCCUCCUCCCCUUUCUAACCCACUUCCAUGGCUGCUGCAAGUAUGAUGCUUCCCAUUAGCAUCUGCAUUCUCUUCCUCCGCUUCUUCUCUUCCAGUUCUCUCCUUGUCAAUGCCGCCACUUCCCAGUUCUCCAAUCUCACUCUGAAGCACCAGCACCCCUACCCAGAUUCUAUCGCUCAAGAUGUGCAGAGGCAGGUCAAUGAAUCGCUAUCGAGGAGGCUACUCUUGUCCACACAGGAAAAGGACCUCUGUCAAACGGGCAACCCGAUCGACGACUGCUGGCGGUGCGACCCGAACUGGGCCCAAAACCGGCAGCGCCUCGCCGACUGCGGAAUCGGGUUCGGCCGGGGAGCACUCGGCGGCCGCGGCGGGCAGAUCUACGUCGUCACCGACUCCUCCGAUCACGACCCGGCCAACCCGACCCCUGGAACACUCCGGUACGGCGCGAUCCAGGACGCGCCCCUCUGGAUCGUCUUCGCCUCCGACAUGACGAUCAAGCUGAAGCACGAAUUGAUGUUCAACAGCUACAAGACCGUCGACGGCAGGGGAGCCAGCGUCCACAUCACCGGCAACGGCUGCCUGACCCUCCAGUACGUCAGCCACGUCAUCGUACACAACAUUCGGAUCUUCAAUUGCAAGCCGUCGGGCAACACCAACGUCGCAGCGUCCCCGACGCACGUCGGGUACAGGGGGAGAUCCGACGGCGACGGGAUCUCCCUGUUCGGCGCGCAGAACGUCUGGAUCGACCACUGCACGCUGUCGUCGUGCACCGACGGCCUGAUCGACGCCAUCAUGGGGUCGACGGGGAUCACGAUCUCGAACAAUUACUUCUCCCACCACAACGAGGUGAUGCUGAUGGGCCACGACGACAAGUACGCGCUCGACGACGCGAUGCAGGUCACCAUCGCGUUCAAUCGGUUCGGCGAGGCGCUGGUGCAGCGGAUGCCCCGGUGCCGGCGAGGGUACAUACACGUCGUCAACAAUGAUUUCACUUACUGGCAGAUGUAUGCAAUCGGCGGUAGCGCCAGCCCGACGAUUAACAGUCAGGGGAAUCGGUAUAUCGCCCCCGCCGAUGCCGACGCAAAAGAGGUGACGAAGCGCGUGGAUACAAGCGAGGAUUGGACAAACUGGAACUGGAGGACGGACGGGGACAUAAUGGUAAAUGGAGCGUUCUUCGUACCGUCGGGAGCGGGGAUGAGCGUUCAGUAUGAAAAGGCUUCGAGUUUGGACCCGAAGUCGGCUGGGCUUGUGGACCAGCUCACCUUAAACGCCGGCGUACUGAGUGGGCCCAGGAAUACAGGGGAGGUGACGGCGAAACCAGGAUUCAACGGCGGCGGCGGGCCCGGGACGACGACCUACACCGGGUCCCCCGGCGGCAAGAGCGGCGGCGACGGUGAUGGGAAUUUCUUUGGGAUGAUAUUCGGGAGCGGGGCGGCGCCGCCCACCAAGGCUGCUUCUGCCUCUGCCUCGUUGGUUUUGUCCCUUUCGAUUAUUUUAGUUUUGUACACCGACUGUUGGGGGGAAUCAUUCUCCCCCUUCUUCCCAUUGUUAUAGAACGGACCGCAGUUUGGACAGCUAAUGCGAGAGAAGAAAAAGAAAAAGAAGAAAAAAUAUACGGAAGGAAACUAAGGAACAACAGGAAAUUCAUCACCUGGAAUAUGUACAUAUUCUACCUAUAUACAAAAACCAAGUCUCAUCCCCGAAAUUGCUUCAGGUGCUUCCCCUCAAUCACGACGUUCAUCCCUAAACAACCUCAGCUCCUCCAAGAGCUGAAUCGAAAGAUUCAUAGAGUACAACAAGCUGCUGCCGCCGUCGCAAUGGAAACUAGAAGCAGCGGACUCGUUGGAAGUUGCUGCAGGAAUCGAUGAGACGACGACUAGAGAAGCGAGUAGGCAGUUGUCAAGAAAAUCGAGAUAAUAGUAUUGUUAGCAGAUGUUAUAAAAUUUACAAUUGAACUGUUCUCAAAUAAGUAAGAGAUAUGGAGUAAUGAGUAUAAACAAUUUAUCAUAUAUUUUUAAAUUUUUUGUUAAACGAGAGAUUAUGUAUUUGAAUCCUAACGAACUUCAAUCUUAAGUCUAUCUCUUUCUUCUCAUGCCUCUUUCAUAGUGUCGCAGUAAAUGAAUCUGUAACAUUUUUUACGAAAAUAAUGUCUGCCUAGCUUUUAUGUGGUUGUCUUUUUAUAAGGAUGACAUCGGUUUAUUUGUAUGAUUAGUUGCUUACUUAAACGAUUCAAAUAUGAAACUUCCAUGCUGAUGACAACCGAUAUAGCUGUUUGACCAAGCUCUUGUUCACAAAGACCAUGUUUGUAAUGAGGCAAGAGAUCAUUUUGAACCCUGUAUUGUCCAACAGGCAACAUUGUCGUCGGUUCAGCACUAGACGAUGAUGAGCCCAAGAAGGCAAAACAACUCCUUCUGUUCCUGGCGGCCAGUCUUCCAACCCUCUCUUCUUUGCUCUCAUACUUGUAAUGUGUGCGCAAGUGAGCAGCAAAAGCUUGUGAAAUUUGGAACGCUUCGCCGCACUUCGGACUUCCAUAUGGCCCGUAUUUGGAUGAGGAAGACUGUGAGUCCUCCCAGGGUUAGAUCGGUGUAUUGUCUUAUCGGUCGUCUGAGUGUUCGUUUUCUCCAAUAUGAUCAUCUGCGAAAUCGUCAACACGAUUCGUAUUAGAAGUAAAGUUAACACCGACUGAACCCUAGGCACGAAAUCAUUGACUUCAAGAAUUACAACAUUCUUCCCAUGUGGUUUGGAUUGGUUGGGACUUGGGAUGAGUGGGGUGGGUUUCGGUGUGAGGCAUAUAUUUGGAUGAGAAAGGAGGGUUCAUGGUAUUGGGGGUGUUUAUCGAAUUUUUUGGGUAGCUAGGUUGAUGGGUUUGGACAUGAUGAGGAGGAGGAUUGUAAUCAUUGGUUGAAGAGGUUUGAGAGUGAUAAGAUGCAUUGGUAAAAAGCAAAUGGUGUUGACUUGAAAUCGGAGGGGACGAGAAGAAAUACUCGAUAGUUUUCUCGAUUUUUCAGUGACAACAAAGAUUUCAGAAGAGAAUUUUGCUUCAGGGUAAAGGGCAUAUUCAUGUGAUUGCGUGCACCGGCUCUGUAUGUGGUUACAUACAUUUUCUUGACCUUAGUGAUGAGUUUAUUGACACCGAACAUAUAUGGUAUAAAAGUGCUUGAAUGCUUUUUCUAGCUGAGCGGAAUUGUUUUGGGAAUCAUCAAACAAGAAAGUCCGAGGCUGAGGAGGUGGGCCAUCAUUACAAGAAUUGAUUCCUAAUGUUGGUUCAGGGCGAUACCUUCAGGAAUUAAAUUGAAUGAUAUCGAGUUCGAUGCACCGAAACAAGUCAUAACGAAGGAUUGGUAUGAGAGGAAAUGACUAAGCUUUUGGAGAAGGAUGUAAAGAAGAAAAACUGGAUGAAGAAAAUACUUAAUUACAUAGUGCUUUAUAUAGGAAAAUCGAAAAACAUUAAGGUAAUAGAGCAAUUACUUUUUUUUUCAUUCAAAAGGGAGUAAGAACAACCAAAAUACAUCAAAGACUAAGGAGCAUAAGGCCAACUAGUCGUAACGCUUCCAGAGGUCGAACAGGGACAUCAAAAGCUGCUAGAAAGCCAUAUCGACAAUGACACGAGUAGAAAAUAAAACUCUCAUGUCAUCAAGGGCUUCUCUAAAUCACCUGUCUAGGGAAGCUGACUCCCAAGAUGUCUUAUCCAAUCAUCCUUUGUAACUCCGUGGGAGGGUCUUCUAAUUCAUACAUUUCGAAUGGAUAGACAAGACUGUGCUUCGAGAUCUAGUGAAAGAUAGUGCAUGGAGAGAAUCUAGUCAUAAUUAUUUUCUUACAAAUGGCAGUAUAACUUCAAGCAACAAAGUUAUGGCGACAAACUUAACAAGAAAUGCCUUCAAAUAUAAUUUAUGGCAUUAAUUUUGGAAGUUCGAAUCAUAUCUAUCCACUAUAAAAUGUCAACUUAAAGUUUGAUACCAUAGUGAAUGUGCCAAUGUGGCAUGUACAUUAACAAUCAUUGUAUAGUUAUUAUUCUCCUCGGUCGCGAGAUGGAUCAUGAUUCGUAUUUUUAUCGUUUUACCAUCAAAUGCGGAAGACGAACGACAAUCAUGAUGAGCAUGAAAUUAUGGCACAGAUCGAGUCAAAUCAUAGAAGUAACGGUAAUAGGGCCAAUGUGGUAUGCACAUUUUCAAACAUUGUAUAGUUAUUAUUCUUGUAUAACAAAACAGCUGGAAACAAAAGUUAAAUAAAUAUAAUUUUUUAUUCAUUAUUAUUUUGUUAUUGGACCGAUUCCCAUGAUUUUUGUGCAUGGGACAUGAUGAAAAUGGUGUCCAAACUGAGGCUUGUUAAUAGGGUAGAAGUGGGCCUAACAACUUUCAGAAAGAGAAUUUUGUUUCAGCGUACGAGGUAUAUUCACGUGAUUGCGUGCUCCAAAUUCUCGAAUCCUCUUUCUCGUCGAGUGGAAUUUUCGUGGGAAUAUUCGAACAAGCAAGUUCGAGGCAGAGGAGUGGGCAAUCGUAAUAAAAAUCGAUCGAACAUUGGUUUGGGCGAUACCUUCAAGAGUUGAAUUGUAUGAUAUCGAGUUCGAUGCACCGACGAAAGCCACAUCGAAGGAUCAGUUUGGGAGGAAAUGACUAAACCUUUGGAGAAGUAUGUAAAGAAGAAAAACUGGAUGGAGAAAAUAAUUAAUUUCAUAGUGCUUUAUAUUGGAAAAUCGAACAUUAAGGCAACAAAACAAUUACUUUUUCUUAUUGAAGGGGGGGGGGGGGUGAACAACCAGAAUACAUCAAAGACUAAGGAGCUUAAGACCAACUGGUUGUGUCGCUUCCAUAAGUCGAACAUGAUAACAAAAGCUGCUAGAAAGACAUACCGACAAUGAUACGAGAAGUACAUAAAACUCUCCUGCCAUCCGGGGCUUCUCAUAAUCACUUAUCUAGGAAAGCUGACUCCCAAGAUGUCUUCUUCGGUGAUUCUUUGUAACUCCGUGGGAGGGUCUUCUAAUUCAUACGUUCCGAAUUGAUAGAAGAGACUGUGUUUCGAGAUCUAAUGAUUGUGAAUGAAGAAAGGUAGUGCAUGGAGACAAUCUAGUCAUAAUUAUUUUCUUACAAAUGGCAGUAUAAUUCCAUACAAAAAAGUUAUGGCGACAAACUGAACAAGAAAACGCCUUCAAAUGUCAUUUAUGACAUUAAAUUUGGAAGUUGGAACAAUAUCUAUCCACUAUGAAAUGUCUACUUAAAGUUUGAUACCAUAGAGAAUGUGUCAAUGUGGCAUGUACAUUAAUUGCUUUGUUUCAGCGUACGUGUAUAUUCAUGUGAUUGCGUGCUCCAAAUUUGUAUGUUGUAACAAACAUUUUCUUGGGCUUUGUGAUGAAUUUGUUGACACUGAACUGACCAGAUUUAAAAGUGCCCGAAUGAUCUUUCUCGCCUAGUGGAAUGUCAAGGGAAUAUUCAAACAAGCAAGUUCGAGGCUGAGUACUAGCCAUCGUUAUAAGAAUCAAUCGAAUCUUUGUUUGGGGGUGAUACCUUCGGGAGUUGAAUUGAAUGAUAUCGAGUUAAAUGCACCAAAGAAAACUAUAUCGAAGGAUUUUUUAGGGAGGAAAUGGCAAAACUUUUGGAGAAUGAUGUAAAGAAGUAAAACGGGAUGGAGAAAAUACAUAAUUUUGUAGUGCUUUAUAUAGGAAAAUCGUCAAACAUCAAUUUAACAAAAGAAUUACUUUUUUUUAUUGAAAGGGGGGUUUAAACAACCAGAAUACAUAAAAAAAAACUCAGGAGCUCAAGGCCAACUAGUCGUAUCACUUCCAGAGAUCGAAUAGGGAUAACAAAGUCUGUUAGAGAGACAAAACGACAAUGACACAAGUAGGCAUAAAACUCUCCUGCCAUAAGGGGCUUCUCUGAAUCACCUGUCUAGGGAAGGUGACUCCCAAGAUGUCGUCUUCGAUAAUCCUGUGUAAAUCCGGGGGGAAGGUCUUCUAAUUCAUACAUUUCGAAAGGAUAAACGAGAUUAUACUUCGGAGCUAAUGAUUGUGAAUGAAGAAAUAUAGUACAUGGAGAGAAUCUGGUCAUAAUUAUUUUCUUACAAAUGGCAAUAUAAUUCCAUGUAAAAAAGUUAUGGCGACAAACUGAACAAGAAAACGCCUUCAAAUGUCAUUUAUGACAUUAAAUUUGGAAGUUGGAACCGUAUCUAUCCACUAUGAAAUGUCAAACUUAAAGUUUGAUACCAUAGUGAAUGUGCCAAUGUGGCAUGUACAUUAACAACCAUUCUAUAGUCAUUAUUCUCCUCGAUCGCCAGGUGGAUCGUGAUUCUUAUCGUUUUUCCAUCAAAUGCGGAAGGCGAACGAUGAUCAAAAUGAUCGUGAAAUUAAGGCACAGAUCAAUCCAAAUCAUAGAAGUAACGGUAAUUAGUGAUGGCAACAAAACCCGAACCCACGGGUACCACCCGACCCAACCCGUGUUGACGGGUUUUGGGCCGGGUUUGGGUUUAAACCCGCUACACUAUUCAUCGGGUCGGGUUGGGUUUGGGUUUAGGUAAACCCGCCCCAUGGGUACCCGCCCAUACAUAUAUAAUUACCUUCCCAGUAUAUUUAUUAUUCUAAAUAAUAUAUCUUCCUUAAACAACUAAUAUUCUUUAUGUUUGUGGAGGCAUUUAUGUUUGUGGAGACAUGUAUAAUUUGUUAUUUCUAAUUGUUUAGAAUGAAGUUGAUAUUAUGAA